AUGCGAGCCGCGCUCAAGGUGAAGAUGGAGGAUCCGAACGACGUGCGCAUGGCGGAGGAGGCGGUCAAGGGCGCGGACGCGUUCUUCACGAAGUUGAGGGAGCACGCGGAGGCGCACGGGUUGGAGGACGUGGACGUUCUGCGGAGCUUACGAGACGCGUGA